AUGGCCCCUGCGCUCAGCCCUAUGACCGCCGCCGCUCUCAACACCACGCAUCCACCCCGCUUCGCCAUGUCGUCAACCCCCGCCCUGAUCCCCGUCAUUGACGUCGCGUCGCCCACGGCCGAGGUCGCCAGUCAGCUGCUCGAUGCCGCGUCCACUCACGGCUUUGUCUUCGUGAGCAACUACGGCGCGAUCCUGCCGCCCGAGCAUGUCCGAUCUCUCUUCGAAUUGUCUCGUAAUUUCUUCAAGUCGCCCCGCGAGGUGAAGGCAGAAUGCUCCUACCAGAAAGGCAAGAACCAAGGUUGGGUUGGCAUGCACACCGAGACUCUGGACCCCAAGAGCCAAAAGCGCGGUGAUUUCAAAGAAGCCUUCAACAUCGGUGAAUACACACUCUCGAACCAGGCCCCACAACCGCUCCCUGCGCCCCUGGCGCCCCACGAAUCUCAACUUGGUGACUUUCAAGCGCGGUGCCACGCCCUUUGCAACCACCUGCUCCGCCUCUUCGGCCUCGCUCUACGCAUUCCAGCGUCUGACGGCGGCGACUCCUGGUUCGCGACGCGGCACGAUCGGUCUGCAGGCCCGUCCGGCUCGAUCCUCCGCCUGCUGUACUAUCCGGCGCUGCCACCCAUCGACAGCACAGACAUCCGUGCCGGCGCCCACUCCGAUUACGGCAGCGUCACGCUACUGUUCCAGCAGCCGCGGGGCCAGCCCGGACUCGAGAUCCUGACGCGCGACGGAGCGUGGGCACCUGUUCCUGUGAACCCGACCGGUGACGAUGCGCAGCCGCCCGUGCUCGUGAACAUCGGGGACCUGCUAAGCUACUGGACGGACGGGCUGCUGAAGAGCACAGUGCACCGGGUUGUGUUUCCGCCGCCGGAGGCCCACGAGGUGGGAGAAGACAGGUACAGCAUCGCGUACUUCUGCCACCCGGUGGAUGAUGCCAAGCUGGUCCCAGUGCCGAGCGACGUGGUGAAGGAGCAGGGUGGGAAGGAGGGGGCAGGAGAAAGGACUACGGUGCUCACGGCCAAGGAUCACCUGUUGGAGCGGUUGGCCGCGACGUAUUGA